UGCACUGAGUGCAGAACACGUAAAGUAAAGUGCUCAAAAGAACGUCCUUCAUGUGCCCAAUGCAGGCAUCAUCGAAUUCAAUGUAUCUACGAAUCAAAGACCAAUCGAACUCCAUUGACAAGGGCCCACCUGACAAGUGUUGAAGAACGACUUACCAGGUUCGAAACUGCCCUGCAUAGACUCUUUCCAGCCGGUAAUGUCGAGCGUAUUGUGCUUUCUCUGGCCCAGGAUCAGAAUAGUCAACUGGCAGAGAUUGGGAUGCCAAUAACUACUCCUGGUCAGACUGUAUUGCCACUGCUCCCAUCUCCUCCAGAGUCAAACCAAGAGCAAGUCCCAUUGACUCUCCCUGGAUUCGAUGACUUGCCAUGCAAUGGUCAAACGGGUUCAGACAUUCAAGUCGGGUGGGAUCGCUUCCCACAGACCCCUGAUAUGCCCGAUGAGAACAGUCUUGUUGAUGCCUUUUUCAACAAUUACCAUCCAGGCCAGCCUUUCAUCCAUGAAGCAACAUUCAGAGCCGAGCAUGACAGAAGGCUAUCUAAUACACCUAGUCUUGCGUGGCAAAUCUUAUCCAAAUCUGUCAUGGCAAUCGGCGCAUGGACUUUAGAAAGCACAGACAUUGACCUGCAGCUAUAUAACCAGGCCAAAGGACUCCUCGAAACAAUACCCCUGAUGGAACCAGGAAGCCUCACACUCGUGCAAAGCUUGAUGCUUCUGCACGAGUUUGCGCAGAAACGGGGCAUGCAGGACAUGAGCCUCCAGUAUCUGUCCGUUGCCGCUCGGAUGGCAAUCAACAUUGGUCUUCAUCGGGAAUCCGGCAAUUCCACAUUCAGUCUAUUUGAAAGGGAGAUAAGAAACAGGGUCUGGUGGAGUCUGUACAUUUUCGACAGUUGUUCUGCCAAAAGCUUUGGGCUGCCACUUCUUCUUCCUGAGAAUAACUUCAUAAACACCAGUUCUGUUAUGAACAUACAUGAUGAGACUCUUGACCCAACCACCACUUCAUUACCACCAGAGGUGAAUGGCCCAACCUUGUAUUCGGGGUUAAUCUCCCAAGCCAAGUUCCAUCUCCUGGCAAACAGUAUCUAUCGCCGCCUCAUCGCCACCCCAUGUAUAUCGAUUGCCGAAGUACAGAAACUUGAAGCGUCCAUUGACGAUUUGCGUGACUCGUGUCCGUCGUAUCUCAAAGGCAGCGGCUCCGUUCUCGAGUCCAACUGGCUCAGAUUUGCGAAAGACCGGCUGCGGAUUUGUGAUAAGAAUCUGCGAAUUCUCAUAUGGCGGCCAUAUCUUUCGCUCUGGACUAGCAGAGUGCAGUCUAUACAUGAUGAGAAUGAUGUGUAUCGAGAGUCUGCAUUUCGAUGCCUGCACGCCACGAAAGGGUUGCUGGCCCUUGUGGUAGACAGUAUCAGGAAUCAAAGAUAUACCCGACUUAGUGCAUCUUUCUUGCUAUACUGCCUCUUCCACGCAACCUUGAUAUACGUGGUCUUUCUCAAAGCCGGCUCCUCACUCCCCGAAUCUGCCUCUUUCGUGCAAGAUAUCAGAUUGAUUAAACGUGUUGUGUCGCAGUCAUGGAUUGGAAAUGAUGCACAGGUCACUCAUUUCCUGAACGUGAUCAACCGGCUAUGCGCGCCAUUUGAUACACCCACUGCAUUGGUUAUAAACCAAGAUAUCAAUUCACAGGCUGAAAGUAGACAUCCUGAAGCAGACACAGUCAUCCCAAAUGACCCGAGUGCCGAUUCAAUGAUGACGGACUUGUUGACCUUCGACUGGUCGAGUGAUCAAUGA